GGAUCCAGUGCAUUUCUCUUCCUUUUGCUCAGUUGGUCUAUAUUAAAUUUUCCAAGGCAGCUAGCUAGGGACUUGAAGCAAAUUACCGAUGGAGACAGAAAAGAGAGGUAGCAUUGCCUUCUUUUCAACAUACCGACCACCGGUGCCGCUUGACAUAUUCUCUUGCCCACUUGCACCAACAUCGAGUCCAGAUGAUGAGCUCGAGCAUCGCAUGACUGAUGGGAAGUCCUACAAUUACAGUGGCCAAGACAUCCCACCCGCCGCCCUUAUCAAAAUUUUCAACCACACAAGUUUGGCUUUCCGACGGAACCAGGAUGAUGUCAAUUCCGGCCGUGUCUCAGGCAUGGUUUUCGUCUCUGAACGAGAAGACCUCGAAUUGCUUCACAUAGCUCUCCGCUUCAAAGAUGUCAAUCCACCCAGACUCGAAGUGUACAGCUUAGCAGAUGUUUUCCCCAGAUCCCCAUGUCCAUUCAAUGGUGUUCGGAUGGAAGACAGUGGUUGCUUUACCCAUGAUCAUCUCAUCUUUGUCAGCACCAAGGAACCUGCUACUGAACGUCGUCAGCCUUGGACUGCCGUUUAUAAAACCAAUCUUAAGACCGGAAAAACCGACCGCCUCACACCAGGAGAGCAUGCUGAUUUAAGCCCCUCAGUGUCACCGUCUGGGAAGAAGAUAGCGGUGGCGUCGUUUGAGGGAAAGAAGGGUGGGUGGGCAGGCGAAAUCGAAGAUCUAAGGACUAACAUCUAUGUCAUGAACGUAGAGGAGCCCUACAAUCGCACUAAGGUUGUAGAGAAUGGCGGGUGGCCAACUUGGGGAAGUGACGAUGUCAUAUUCUUCCACCGCAAGGAUGAUCAUAAGCAUACAACAACAGAGGAUUCGAAAGUAAUCAAUUUUUGGGGCGUGUAUCGAGCUGAUAUUAGCAGUGGUGUUGUUAUGCGCGUGACCCCGGAUAGCUUUGAUGCUUUCACACCGGCAGCCAUCAACGCCACCACAGUAGCUGUUGCCACUAUUCGCCAGAACUCAAAGUUCAGUGAUGUUCGUGAGGAAGCACAAUAUCGACAUAUAGAGAUUUUUUCUUCAGAAGGAGGACAAGAACCCAAGCAAAUCACUCAAAAAACCAGACCGAUGGCUGACCAUUUCAACCCUUUUGUGAUAGGUGGUGGGAAGCGGAUCGGCUACCACCGUUGCACGAGUGACGUUCUUGACAAUGAAGAAGAGAUCAAAAGACAGUUUCAAACAGUCAUUUCUCCGGAUCGAAAUAUAGGACUCUUUAGGGUCGGUGGAGGAUUUCCAACAUUUUCCCAAGAUGGAUCUAAGCUUGCAUUUGUUGACAAUGAUUUCAAGAUCGUCUACGUACUUGACAACGAACGUCUAUAUGAAGCUAACGAGCUAACUCCAAACAGCAUCUUCUCGCCAGUUUGGAACCAGUGUGAUAAAAAAGACACAUUAUAUGUAUGUAUAGGACCUUCUUUCAGUGCCGAUGAAACUGUAGACAUCCACGCCAUUCGAAAUGUGUCCAGGGGUAGAAGGCAAACUCAACCGCUCACUGAUGGGUUCAAUAAUGCCUUCCCAUCCACCAAUCCAGAAGGGACGAGAUUAGUUUUCCGAUCAACAAAAGAUGGAUACAAGAAUCUAUACAUAAUGGAAAACGCAGAAGAAGGCGCGCUUGAUGGAGCAGAAGUAACAAGGCUAACAGAUGGGAACUGGACCGACACACAAUGUCAAUGGUCUCCUAGUGGAAAUUGGAUAGUAUUUUCGUCAAACCGCGACAAGCCUGAAGGUGCACCGGAAAAAGACCAUGGUCUAGACUCAGGUUACUUUGCGAUAUAUUUAGUUAAUCCUGAUGAUCCAGAUCAUGUGUGCAUAAGAGUGAUAACAAGUGGGAAUGACAUUGGAGGGCAUGUGAACCAUCCAUUCUUCAGUCCAGAUGGUCUUAGCAUUGUGGUAACUUCAGAUCUUGCUGGAGUCUCGGUUGAUCCCAUAUCUUUGCCUAUUUUUGUCCAUUCAGCAAGGCCUUAUGGAGACAUCUUCACGAUCGACAUCGACUUGGAUGACAUAAACAAGACUGUGAAGACGUUUAACCGCAUCACACACAGUAGAUAUGAAAAUUCCACGGGUACUUGGACACGCUUCUCAACUAUGCAAAACAGAGCAGCACGGAACCUUCUUAAACACAAAGAAUUCACAAAGGCAUGCCCUUGUCCACAUCUUGGUGGAAACGAAAGUUGGCAUAUGACAGGCCACCUCGUCGUUCCAAAAGGAUGUUCUUGAUUGUCUUUCUGUUCCUUGUUGAAGCAUUACGAUUUAAUUACUCCCUGCAUUUACUGCUUUUCGUUUAAUAAUGCCCUAGGUGUAAGGCUGAAGACUUGUCAGUGCUGUUAUUUUUAGGUCGUGUUUAACGUGGAGUUUGUUUACU